CCACGGUGGACAAGAUCAAAGAGAUCGAGGCCGAAAUGGCCCGAACUCAAAAGAACAAGGCGACAUCCUACCAUAUCGGACAGCUGAAGGCAAAGCUCGCCAAGCUCAAGCGUGAGCUGCUCACGCCCUCGGGCGGCGGCGGUGGCGGCGGUGGUGCUGGUUUCGACGUCGCCAGAACCGGUGUGGCCUCGAUUGGUUUCAUUGGUUUCCCCUCGGUCGGAAAGAGUACGCUGAUGAGCAGACUGACGGGCCAGCACUCUGAGGCGGCCGCGUACGAGUUCACCACGCUUACGAGUGUGCCGGGUCAGGUUACCUACAACGGUGCCCCACUACAAAUCAUCGAUUUGCCUGGUAUUAUUGAGGGCGCCAAGGACGGCCGUGGUCGUGGUCGUCAGGUUAUCGCCGUCGCCAAGACGUGCCAUCUUAUCUUCAUCGUGCUGGACGUUAACAAGCCGCUGACGGACAAGCGCGUCAUCGAGGCCGAGCUGGAGGGCUUCGGCAUCCGCAUCAACAAGGAGCCGCCCAACAUCACGUUCAAGAAGAAGGACAAGGGCGGCCUGAACAUCACCAGCACGGUGCCCCUCACACACAUCGACAACGACGAAAUCCGCGCCGUCAUGAGCGAGUACAAGAUCUCGUCGGCCGACAUCGCCAUCCGCUGCGACGCCACUAUUGAUGAUUUGAUCGACGUGCUCGAGGCCAAGUCGCGCUCCUACAUCCCUGUUAUCUACGUCCUCAACAAGAUCGACGCCAUCAGUAUCGAGGAGCUCGACUUGCUGUACCGUAUUCCCAACUCGGUCCCCAUCAGUUCUGAGCACGGCUGGAACAUUGACGAGUUGAUGGAGGCCAUGUGGGAGAAGCUUAAGCUCGUGCGCGUGUAUACCAAGCCGAAGGGCAAGAUGCCGGAUUAUUCGGCUCCCGUUGUGUUGAGGAGCAAUAGGUGCACGGUUGAGGAUUUCUGUAACACUAUUCACAAAACUAUCGUGGAUCAGUUCAAGGUUGCUAUUGUUUACGGCAAGUCCGUCAAGCAUCAACCUCAGCGUGUUGGUCUCAGCCACGAAUUGGCUGAUGAAGAUAUCGUCACCAUCGUCAAGCGAUAAAGAAUUUUCGUGGAGAGGAUUCUUAAAGAUGUGCUGUGGUUUUUACGAGACGAGACACUCACAAUACGGACGGUGGCCCGGGUAACGCACGUACACUGACCGAUACCUGAUCGACAACGCACCUUCGAGCCGUACGCAGACUUUCAUGUGGGCUCGAUCGCUUGCUAUGGCGCACGGCAUGGUAAGUAUAAACCAAGGGGUCGAUAGAAGGAGCUUACUCGGUCUUUAAGUGCCGAACGGGAAGCCAAAUUGCUUCUUCCACUACUAUACGCGCGGUUGUCCAUUGACACAAGUUGUGGACAAUGUGAAGAGACCCGAGGCUGGUGAAAGUGUUAAAAAGGAGGGGAAGGGUCCGAGAUGAAUGAAGGGAUCAAAAAGGCUGCUAUAUAGGAUAUUGGCUAGGAUUAGAUCUAGAGAGCCAAGAUCACGACAGUAAUGAAAUCACGUAUAUACCUACUUUUUUUUAA